GAAUAAAAAUCCUUAGAAUAUUUGGUCAGAAGUGACAAGUAUGGUAGGUGCAUGCAGAGCAUCAGCAGCACCACCCAUUUCCCACCUUCCAUUACGUAAUCCUAAAAACAGAAGAAGAAUUCAGUAUUCUCAUCAGACCAAACCAUCAGCACCCAUUUCCAGAGCUCAAACUCCAAACAGACGGUUGUUCCUUUUAUCUCUCCCCCUCUCUGGCUUCCUUUUUCUUCCCUUUCAAGCCUUUGGUGAAAGUGAUACAGAGUAUGACCCAGUAACUCCUUCUGAAAGAGAUGCAAGUGCUUUAAUCUCACAGAGAGUUUCUCUAGGAGUGGAAUUGUUGGAGAAAGGGAGGGAAUUGCAGGCUCAAGGUGACUUCAAUGGCGCUCUUCAGUACUUUUCUCAGGUGAUUGAAAGCUACAAAGACCUGGCAUUCUCAGAGUAUGCAAGGGUAGGGAGAGCACUGGCCCUAUAUGAAGUUGGUGACAGAGAAGAAGCAAUUGCAGAAAUGGAAGACGUUUCAAUAUCACUAAAAGGGUAUCCGGAAGUACACGCAGCUCUUGCAGCAGCCUUAUAUGCAGAUAAGCAUGCCGCAUUGCUUGCUGAAAACCAGUUCACUAUUGCAACUCUUCUUGAUCCUCAUUUUACAGAUAUUUCAUAUGUUAGAGACACAAAGCACUGGCCUCCAAGUUUGAUUAGUUCUCUGCAGCAUUUCAUUACACUAUCUUAAGACCUUAGAUGAUAUUUAUACGCAUUGUUUAAUUUACCCAUACAUAGCAGUGGCAGGUAUAUGAAAACUUUCUCUUAAGUUUAAAUAUUUAUUAUAACUUCAAAUGUAUACCCUUGUUCAUUGUACAUUUUUUUUCUACUUUAGUUAACUCUUGUUGUUCUGAAAUGUAAAUCAACUUUGGUAUAAUUUUUUUUUUUUUUUGCUGU